AUGCAGCUCGCCACAGCAGCAUCAAGCGGCCAUCCUGGCGGCUACGAAGAUGAAAUAUACCUCACACCUGCUACCUCUUUGUCUUCCCUGUCUCCUCGUGGGUUUUGGGCACUGCUUGGUGUCGUCAUUCUGGUUCUAUUGGCGUUUUCUUUCCUACUGGCAAACGUCGUAGCCUGGUGCAUGCAAGUACGUCGCGAGAGCCGCAUCCAGCGUAAAACAGAGGAGUUAGCAGCUAAGUCCAAGGAAGCGGGUGCUCCACCCGUUCCUGUCACCAUUUUAACGGGCUUUUUAGGGGCCGGGAAGACCACGCUGCUCAACCGUAUCUUAUUGACCGAGAACGAACUACCUUACAAGAUUAUGGUGUUGGAGAACGAAAUAGGUGCCAUCAGUAUCGAUCAUACACUGCUCGAGGCUGGAGGCAAGGAAAAGGAUGGGAUUUAUGUGCUGCAGAACGGCUGCAUGUGCUGUACAGCUCGAGGUGGCAAAGGGAAGGAUUUAGACUCGACGCAUGUCACCAUGGUGGAUGCCAAAGCGACGCAGAGAUACUGGAAGCAAGAGCAAGAAAGUUUUGACUUUCCUAUCGAGCUACAACGACAGGCCCUGUAUGCAGACAUUAUCGUGAUGAACAAGGUGGAUGUGGCUACCAAGGACGAGUGUAACAGAUUGGAGAGGGCGCUAACUGGGAUCAACGAAGAGGCCACGGUGUGUAGCUGCGUGAAGGCUGACAUCGACUUGGGCAAGAUCUUGAAUGUCAAGACGUUCGACGCAGUGCGGUUCAACGCGCAAAGUGAUGCCGCUAACGAAAGAAAGCGAAGUGUGAAGGCUCGAGGACAGCAUACGGGAGACAUUAGCACGAUGCACUUCGAAGUCGAACGUGACGUGGACGUCGCUGCGUUUGGCGAGUGGCUUUCUGAAGUGGUCACGCGGUAUGUGAAGGGGGCAGAUGUGCUACGUGUGAAAGGUGUGCUGUCGGUGGCUGGAGAUGCUGAAGACCGCAGAUGUAUCGUGCAAGGCGUGCUGGACACGUACACAAUCGCUCCUGGAUUACCCUGGGAAUCCGGAGAGCAGCGAGUCUCGCGACUAGUGCUCAUCGGUCAGGGAUUCGACCGUAAUGAACUAGAGCGCGGUUUUCAGAGCUGCCUUGUGGGCAUCAACGCUGAUAGCGAGUCAAAGAAGAAGCGGUGA